ACACUACCCUACUCCUACUCCUACUCCUCAUCAUACCAGUAAUAAGUAGACAAAUUAAGAAACGCGUUUGCGCCAUUAAUUGCAACCAAGAAACGUCGUCGUCGCUUUCAACACUCACUGCCAGCAGCACCCUCGCUAGCUAAAGCUAAUACCACCAAAACCACUCUCUGUCUUCCUCCUAAAAACGUUUUGUCGACACCGUUCUCUUCUCAACCAAAAUCCCCCACCCACAACCAAAUUUACACAGAUUUAGCCACUCGCCCACGCCAAUGGCUACAACCAAUUGUCGUUUAACCCAACGUCUCUUAACGGCUAGUUACUGACGGUAAUUAACAAUCUUAUCUGGCCUUCUUUUUCCGUUCCCUUCCCCUUCAUUUUCUUUUUUUCCGCAACUUUCUCGAGAAUCAGACGGAAAACAAACAUGUCGCCGAAGCAGAAGAAUUUUCAUCUUCUCUCUGCCUUCUUUUUCUCACUCUUCCAAUUAUUCUUCUUUCUUUCUCUCUCUAACCCAGAAACCACCGCCUUGCUGGCAUUCAAAGCCUCCACCGACCCCUUCAAUUCGCUCUCCUCGUGGAUGACCUCACCCGACCCGUGCUCCGGCUCCUGGCUCGGCGUCACCUGCGACCCGGAGACCCGCCGGGUCACCCGACUCGUGCUUGAGAACCUCAACCUGACCGGGGCGGCUGAGCAACUCAGCCAGCUCGACCACCUGAAAGUCCUGAGCCUCAACCACAACCUGCUCUCCACCUCGCUCGACUUCUCGUCUUUGCCCCACCUCAACCACCUCUACCUCUCCCACAACCACUUCGCCGGAACCUUCCCCUCAGGAAUCUCCCGCCUCCGCAAUCUCCGUCGACUCGACCUCUCGUAUAAUCAGUUCUCCGGCGACAUUCCGUUGACCAAGUUGACUCAGCUGCCUCGCCUGCUAACUCUCCGUCUCGAGUCCAACUCGUUCACCGGGACUCUCGGCUCAGCGGACUUGGAUACCGGUACGAUUUCGGACUUCAAUGUUUCGCACAACAAUCUCUCGGGCGAAAUCCCUGCGUGGCUGUCUAAAUUCACGGCGACGUCGUUCGCCGGAAACGGGAAUCUCUGCGGCAAACCCUUGCCGUACGAAUGCUCCAAUCGGACGGUCCCUGACUCGUCCGUACCAUCCAGGGACUUGGGUCGGAAAAACGACAGCGUUUUGAGUAACGCUGCGCAGCUCACGAUCAUCAUCGUCGGCAUAGCUGUUGUGUUGUUAGUGAUAGUCGUGACCGCCACGUGGUGUCGGCGCACUAAGAGAGUGGAGGGCGGGACCCGCAACAAGACAGCCAACGGAUUCGGUUACGUGAGCAAGCACUACGGGCCCGGAGAAUUGAAGAAGAAGAAGAGCAAAGGUGGAGCCCAUUUGGCCCAGUCUAAUUGGCACGGGCCUGGUGGUGGGCCCAGAGAAAGCGAAGAUAUGGUGGUGCUGGAAGGAUGCAGGGGCGUCGAUAAGGUGGGUGAUCUGUUGAAGGCGUCGGCGGAGAUGUUGGGAAAGGGCAGCGUGGGGACCACUUUCAAGGUUGCGAUGGACGGUGGAGAUGUAAUUGUGGUGAAGAGAGUGAGGGAGAAGAGAAAUGGCGGGAAAGAAAUGGAUGGGUUUUUGAGACAGAUUGGUGGGCUGAGGCACUGUAACAUUGUGAGCCUUCGAGCGUACCACAAUUCCAACUAUGAGUUGCUUUUGGUCUACGAUUUCAUGCCCAAAGGAAGCUUGCAUUUUGUGUUGCAUGGAAACAGAGGACCUGGAAGAACACCAUUGGAUUGGGCUACAAGGUUGAAAUUAGCUUCUGGGUCUGCGCAAGGACUGGCUUUCCUCCAUGGCUGCAACAAGGCCAAGCUCUUUCAUGGAAACCUCACAUCAUCAAACAUCUUGGUGGAUCAGAUGGGCAGCGCUUGCAUUGCAGACAUUGGCCUCCAGCAGCUCUUGCCUGCUCCAUUUUCAUCAAACAGCGCUUACAAAGCCCCUGAAUUGAUGCUUCCCAGCAGUAAAAGCCCAAGAAAGUUUACACAAAAGUGUGAUGUUUAUAGCUUUGGGGUGGUUCUGAUGGAGAUUUUGACUGGAAAAACGGCUGGUGAAGAAGGAGAGAUGAGCUUGGUGGAGUGGGUUAGGAUGGUGGUGCAGAAAGAGUGCAGUACAUGGGAAGUGCUGGAUUUUGAGCUUCUGGGAGACAAAGAAAUGGAGGAGGAAAUGUGGGCUCUUUUGCAGGUGGGUUUGCUGUGUGUGUCUCCAUUGCCUAAAGAUCGUCCAACAAUGGGCAUGGUGCAUCGGAUGAUUGAGGACAUUAGGCAAAAGGGUGUUAGAGAAGAUGGGGUAAAGUCUAUUUUAGAUGACCUUACUUCUGAUUCUUCACCUUCCCAUUCAGAAAGCACUCCCUGAGGAUCAUUUCAUUCUCAGACGACAGCAUUAUGUUAUUAGGGCAAACUUCAUUAUGCAUGAAUUAAUGCAUACUGAAGAUGUUUUGUACUCUUCUUGCAGCCAUUGUUUGUGAGAAUCUUCAAUAAAUAAAGAGACUUGAUUGUUUUAAA